AUGGUAUCCUUCACUCUCGUCAGCGCCUACGCGGCUGCUGGCGUGCUGGCAAUCAUCAUCCUAAAUGUCUUGCGCCAACUCUUCUUUCGUAAUAAGAGUGACCCACCUCUUGUUUUCCACUGGGUCCCUUUCGUGGGUAGUACCGUUACUUAUGGGAUGGACCCUUAUGCAUUUUUCUUUUCUUGCAGACAAAAGUAUGGUGACAUCUUUACCUUCAUAUUACUGGGUCGAAAGAUCACAGUAUAUCUGGGCAUUCAAGGCAACGAAUUCAUUCUUAAUGGCAAGCUGAAGGAUGUCAAUGCCGAGGAGAUCUAUAGCCCGCUCACCACGCCAGUCUUUGGCUCCGACAUUGUGUAUGAUUGCCCGAAUUCAAAGCUUAUGGAGCAGAAGAAAUUCAUCAAGUUUGGACUCACACAGGCUGCACUGGAGUCGCAUGUACCACUGAUUGAAAAAGAAGUUCUUGAUUAUCUCAAGACAUCGCCCAACUUCAAGGGGACAUCCGGCCGGGUGGAAAUCACGGGUGCCAUGGCUGAAAUCACUAUCUUCACUGCCGGCCGAGCACUGCAAGGCGAGGAGGUUCGCAAAAAGCUCACUGCGGAGUUCGCAGAUUUGUAUCAUGACCUUGAUCGGGGGUUCACUCCUAUCAACUUUAUGCUUCCGUGGGCACCGCUGCCGCGUAACCGGAAGCGGGAUGCAGCCCAUGUGCGCAUGAGAGAGAUCUAUAUGGACAUCAUCAACGAGCGCCGCAAGAACCCGGACCGGGAGACUUCCGACAUGAUCUGGAACCUCAUGCAUUGCACUUACAAGAAUGGACAGCCUGUGCCAGACAAAGAAAUCGCCCAUAUGAUGAUCACUUUACUAAUGGCAGGUCAGCACUCAUCGUCAUCUAUCAGCUCUUGGAUCAUGCUACGACUAGCCUCUGAACCAGCAGUCUUGGAAGAGCUCUAUCAGGAGCAAAUCAUGAAGCUCAGCCCGGAUGGAAGUAGCCUUCCGCCCCUGCAGUACCGCGAUCUGGAUCUUUUGCCCCUUCACCAGAAUCUCAUCAAGGAAACUCUGCGUUUG